CAGUCGACAUGGUACAACCAACCCUCGGACGCGUCAUACGUGUGACGCGACAUGCGCAGGCUGAAGCUAAUUUCUCCUCUAGACCGAAGAGAUGCAGCAAGAUGCCAUUGAUACGGCUACAGCAGCCAUGGAGAAGCACAACGUCGAAAAGGACAUUGCCGCCUACAUCAAGCAAGACUUUGACCGGCGCUUCGGUACCACUUGGCAUGUCAUUGUCGGUAGGAAUUUCGGAUCGUAUGUCACGCAUGAGACGAGACACUUCAUCUACUUCUACCUCGGACAAAUGGCUUUCCUCAUCUUCAAAUCUGGUUGAUGAUCCCAGCCCAACCAAGCAUGUAUACGUGGAUAAGCAGCAGGAGUAUAAGAUAAAAACAAAUUAUGAAGAAAAAAGUAGAAAGAUCUAUGCUGCCGUGUCCUCGGGUUGAUCACGAUGCGGAAUGGUACUCUCCGUCAA